AUGCACUUAGUUCAUCGAAAACCUUAUUACCAGAUCAUCGAUGGCGUACCGCGAUGCCCAUUCGCUCGCCCGGAAGAUCUCAGGCGAGCUCUAGCCUUCGUGGCCAAGAAGGGAGACCUUUUGCAGAUUUCGUACCCGAAGAGCGGAACACAUUGGGUGCAGUACAUCACGCAGCUCAUACUGAGGGAGGGCGAUCCCUUAAGAACGUACGAAGAGUUCAGCGAAGCCGCUCCUUUUGUGGAGUACCGGGCCGACGCCGAAAGCUACACGGCGAGCACACCAGUGCGGACGCUGUGUACCCACCUUGCCCUACGUAGGGAGCAGCUCAACCCGGACGCCAAGUACGUCUACGUUGCGCGGAACCCCUGGGACGUCUGCGUCUCACUUUACCACCACGUAAAAGACUUGAGCAGCUACCGGUUCGAAGACGGCAGCUUCGACGACUUCUUCGAGGCCUUCUUGACGGGUGACAUUGCAUACGGCGACUACUUUGAGCACGUGAUGGCCGGAUACUCUCUGAUUAAGGAACCCAAUGUGUUAUUCCUUACUUACGAAGAACUUAUCACGGACACGCGAGGUGCAGUGCUUCGCUUGGCUCGCUUCAUCGGAGAUCGUUACGGCGCUAUGUUGGAAGAAGACGGUGACGUGCACCAGAGGCGCAUGGACGUGAUCCUCCAGGCAAGCUCUGCCGAGAGCAUGCGAAACGUGAUGGUCUUAAACUUAAACGCACAUCCGGACCCUCACGUUGACAAGCUGUUGAAAGAUGUAGAUGCCUCUUCUAAGCGUGUGCACGGAGGCAACACCAAGCUCUACAACUUUGUUAGAAACGCGAAGAUGGGUGGUUGGAAGGACCACUUCACGGCAGAGCUGCUGCGACGCAUGGAGGCCACGAUAAAGGAGAAGACCCAAGGGUGCGACGUCAUGGAACUUUGGGCGGACGUAAGACGAGAUACUCAGCGUGCCUGUGAAGCAGAGUAA